CUGCCCGUGGGGGGCGAGCCCGCACCCCCCGUCCCACGCGAGCUCACUCUCCCCGCUAGGCGCCGUGGAUUUAUAUUUCGGCUGGAUAUUUAUUACUUAAACCGAUUUUUUUUAAUUUAAUUUCUCAAUUUGUGAUGCAGCAACGCACCCCUUAAUAAUUCACCUUAAUAAUUAACCAGCACGGUUUUGUGUUACGGAUGUUCCCUGUGGUUUUUUGGGGUUUUUUUUCCCUUUAGGAACUUGGUGUGAAAGGGCCCGGUGCGUGGGCGCCAUGGGUUUGUCAGCGUCCUCGCCGGCUGCGGCGGGUCAGGCGCCGAAUUCGUCCCGGCACCAUCAGACAGCAUCUCCGCCUUCAGAAUGUCCCAUGCAUCAGGAGAAAGCGAGCGGUUGUCCAAUGCACAUGAAGACCCCUGACCACAGAACUGAGAACGAUGUUCCUGCGCAUCAGGAAAGAGCGUAUGAAUUCGUAGCGUGUCCGGUGAAGUCUGGUGCAUCUCAAGUGAACGAUGACAUAGAUCCCAGCAAUAUGAUGCCGCCUCCUAAUCAGCAGCCAUCUCCAGAUCAGCCCUUUCCAUUGUCGACCGUUAGAGAAGAAUCUUCCAUCCCUCGAGCACAUUCUGACAAGAAAUGGGUCUACCCUUCAGAGCAAAUGUUCUGGAACGCUAUGCUAAGAAAAGGGUGGAGGUGGAAAGAUGAUGACAUAACAGGUGAAGACAUGACCAACAUUAUUAAGAUUCACAACCAAAAUAACGAGCAAGCUUGGAAGGAGAUUUUGAAGUGGGAAGCUCUUCAUGCUGUGGAAUGUCCGUGUGGACCAUCGCUGAUGCGGUUUGGAGGCAAAGCAAAGGAGUAUUCGCCGAGAGCCAGAAUACGCUCGUGGAUGGGGUACGAACUUCCCUUUGACAGACAUGACUGGAUUGUUGACCGAUGUGGAAAAGAAGUGCGAUACGUUAUCGAUUACUACGAUGGUGGAGCAGUAGAUAAGAACUACCAGUUCACGAUCCUGGAUGUUCGCCCUGCGUUUGACUCUCUCUCGGCCGUGUGGGACAGAAUGAAGGUAGCUUGGUGGCGGUGGACUUCCUAACUGCUCCGGUGGCAUCUAGUCAAAAAGUAAACCACUUUCCUCCUAGGCCAAGGAUAAGGGAAUACGAGGACGUGAAAUAGAAGUUCACUGCGACUGUCGUUGUUUUCACUGUCACCACUGUUCGUUGGGGGUGGGAAGGGAGGAUGGGGAAAUCCAUGCUAAGUACACCCAUGCUUUAUGGUGUUUUGAAUGAAAUAAUAAAGUUGUAGUAGCAAAAACAUGUAUCUUAAGAGCUGGGAAAUCUUUCCUUACUUUGUCGCAGAUUCUGCGUAAGCUUGCCGCCUUUUCAUUUCAUGCCUGCAGUGCCGUGCCAAAUACAUCAGGUUUCUGGUUCUGACUGGAGGUUUGAAUAUUACUUACAUAGUGAAAACUGGAAAUUCCAUAAAGGCUUUCACGUAGGUACAGUAUUUGGAUACUUAGAUGAUGAAUAAAGGGCAAACAGUCUGGACUCUUUCAAACUGCAUGUUUUAGUAACUAUAUAGAAACGUGUAUUUGUUUUCAUGUGGGCACUUUACCUGUUCAAACACGUGCUUCCUCAGAAAACUUUAGUCAAGUUUAUUCUGUUGAAGUGUAGCGUGAGUAUUUCUAGAGGUAUGUUAAGUUGAAAAGGAGAUUAUACCCAUGCAGUUAUCUUUGAACAGAAGAAAAUCUGUUAGAAGCAGGAAAUGAGUGUCCAUUAAUGUUAAAACAACACUUCUAAAAGGAGAUAAAGUGGAUAUUCAGUGGCUAUUUAUGGCUAUUUAUUUGAGUAUUUAAAAGGUUUCUUUUCUGAUGUAAGAAAACUGUAUUCUUUUAGUAUUUUCAUGCCUUCAAUGUGUGUCUUGUGUAAUGCGUUCAGGACAGAACUAAGCCUUAUUUAAAGAAGCUGUCGUGCAGUCCAUCUUGGCUUCAUCAACUGUACCAUAGCGUGGCUUUUUUAUGUAAUACAGGCUCGCACAAGGGUGUAUGACAACAGGCGUACCCGUCUCUGCAUAGUGAUUGUAUUACUGAUGCGGAUAUAAUAUAUAACUUAGCUAAAAGGGUAUCAGAAGCACUAAGAAAUAAGGUUGAUUUGAGUGUUUUCUAAGAGUGAUGCAUGUUAAUGCGGUGCAGCUUAAAGAUUUGAUUAAUGUUUGUGCUUAUUAAGGGAAACUAACUUUGUUUUUUUUUUUUAAGUCUUCCACUGUAAUUGCUUUAAAUUUGCAUGGCUUGGUAAAUUUCAGGUGCCACAUACCCCUAAAUGGAAAUUAUUCCUCCCUUUUGGCAUAUAUUACUCUUGAGAAUGAAUCCUCCAUGCAAAACGCUCGGGAAUGGGAGGGAUAAGAGCGCAUCAUGUUGUCGCUUCUCGAAUGGGAGAAGCUUCCUUCCUGAAACAUCCCAGCCUUAACUGGGAACCAGCUGUACGUUUGUUUUCUGAAAGUGGUCAUUUUUAACUGACCUUGGAAGCUUUGUGGGUUUAUUUAUUUAUUUAGUUAGUUCCCUGAGGGGAGAGGCCCUUAAUGUUUCAGUCAAGGAGCUUCCCACUUAGGAAAAAAACUAUUCAGGGAAGCUUCCAUACUUUUAAGGUACUGACGGAGAUGAAUGGUUCCCACUUCAGAGGCAGCUGUCCUGCAUGGAGGCAUAAAUAUUACCCAGAAGUCCAGAAUCCUAAGAGAAAGCCACUCUCUUACCCCUGUCCACUUCCCUCAUUCCUUUUUUACCUUUCUAGUAAUUCAUAUAUACAUAUAUAAAUGAAAAAUAGUUUAGGGCAAAAAAAAAAAAAAAUCGCCUGAAUAGGCAGUGUAUGUAUGAGAUAGAUGAGAAGUGCGUGAGCUUGUAUGAAGCGUGGCUGGUAACGCAAGAGCCACUCCUAACAGUAAAGCCUGAGGCUUACUGCUUUUUGGGGUGGUUUUUUGUUUGUUUGGUCGGUUCAUGUGUACAUUUGGUAACUUGAAUUAGAAUUCUGUAUUCCUCACAACUGAAUAUGGAAAAGGUACACCAACGUAGGGCAUGCUUCAGAAGCUGCAAAAGAAUAAGUUUGCUUUGUUGAUUUUGGAAGGGUGAUGUUGAGCGCGUUACGGAAAUUGCAAUUGCUGCUGAAAUCUGGUGAAAGGCGUCACAUGCCACUUCAUGCCUCUACCGUUUUCUGUGAUGUUGCAUCUCGCCUAGAUGCAAAAUUGUUCUUUUCUGUGCUGCUGUUAAUGAA